AUGCAAGGCUUUAACAAAUACUAUCCUCCAGAUUAUGAUGGAGAGAAGCAUGGAAGUCUCAAUGCUUACAGAGGCAAGCAUGCACUCGGAGACAGAGCUCGCAAAAUCGACCAGGGCAUCCUGAUUGUCCGCUUUGAGCUUCCUUUCAACAUCUGGUGUGGAACUUGCAACAACCACAUCGGUAUGGGUGUCCGCUACAACGCGGAGAAGAAGAAGAUUGGCAAUUACUAUUCUACGCCCAUAUAUUCUUUCAGGUGCAAGUGCCAUCUGUGUGACGGAUGGUUCGAAAUCCAAACCGAUCCGAAGAACACGAGAUAUGUUGUUACCUCCGGUGCACGACAAAAAGACGAGGAGUGGGACCCCGAGGAGAAUGGAGGGUUCGCUAUUCACGACACCGAUCCCAACGGAGGCCCCGUUGACCCCCUUGCUGCGCUGGAGAAGUCUACAGAUGCGCAGAAUCACAUGAACCAAGUGCAAAUUCCACGGCUGGAGGAGCUGCAGAUGCUCUCUGACCACUACAGCGUGGAUCCGUACAUGCGCUCGAAGAAAGUACGCCAGCGCUUCCGUACGGAGAAGAAGCUCGACCAGGCCCGCCGCGCCGCUGACGACACGCUCAAGAGCACGUACGCGCUGCCGGAGGAGCUUGCGCUCACUGUGGAGAGCGAGGACAGCCGAGCCGAGGCGCACAAGCAUUGGGAGAAGGAGCGGCUCGCGCUAGAAGUACGGGAGAAGGCGAAGCGGAGGAUGGUGGGGCGGCCGCCGGAGACUGCGCCGACGGCGUCUUCGAGGCCGUCUCUGCUGCAUAAGAAGUUGUCCGCGGGACCGCCAGGCAGCGCGAUCUCGUCUCUCAGGGCGAGGAUCCUAGAGAACACUGCGCGGCAUGCAAGUUCGUCGUUGGGUGGGAUUGGGCCUCAUCGGACAAAAGUGCUAGGCAAUAAAGAUAUUGUAUUUCGGAAGACUUGA